GUUUUGACCAUUGUAUCGCGUUGACUGAGCCCGUAUGUUCCUCCUGGAUCGAACCUUUCGAUACACGAUACGCAUUCUGUAAUCGGAAAACCACCCUGAAGAGAAGUUUGUCCCCCAUCGGUGUGUAACAGGAAGUGCUUGGAAAAACAUACCUUUUGUGUGCGCCCACACCGGAAGUUCUGAGACACUAUCGCGGUGAAGUGAAACACUCUCGUCGAGUCGAAUCUGGAACGUGUUUUGUGCUAGUUGCAUAUGUGCGAGAAGUGGCGAAAACGUCAUUUUUUGUAAUAGAUUUUAAAAAUAGCUAUCAGUCCCCCGCACGAUUCCAAUAAACGCAUGAGACGCUUGUAUAUUAUAUCGUGAAAAUCAGUCUCGGUGAAAAUCACGACGACAAAGACGACGACGACCGCGACGUCGACGCGCUAGCUAGGAGCAGAGGAAAAGCGACGCGCAAAAGAAAAAGGGGAGACGAGACGCGCACGUGUCUGUGUGUUUGUGUGGGUUACUAUCUUUGUGUAGAUUUUGAAGCAAAUUGUUCGGCCCGAAAGUGUGUUGUUGAUGAACGCAUUAAUUUUUUUUUUUCGAACAACGAACAAACAAGCGUGCACGGAAAAACAGGCAUUAAUUGUGAGCGAAAAAACAAAGCAAAAAGAAGUGCAAGAAAACAAACAUACAGAGCAGUAACGUAUAUAAUAUCGCGCAAGAGAGAAAAUAGGAAAAAGCAGCCACGCAGAGAGGUGAAAUAUAGGAAAGUCAUGAAGUAAUAAAUGAUAAAUGAUAAAAAGCUGCAAAUUAAAACAAAAAAAGCAAAGGUGAUUAGAGCGCAAGGAGGCAGCAAUUUUCGGGUAGCAAUCGCGGAAGAAGGCAAGUGAUACAUAUUUAUGUGAUUUUUAUUGCGCUACCCAAAAGCGUAAUUUUUCGUUCGAAACUCGGUGCCCAUAUCCGUACGAACGUCAGCCACGGGUCGAGAGCCUCCGCGGUCUUUGAUUGGGGUGUGGAGAUCCAUCGGAGAGUAUCCGUUAAUUGAAGUGAAGCAUUAUAAGUAGUGAAGGAAGUUUUUCUCGGCUCUAAGAGCUUGGCCGAAAAAAAAAACCUGAAGUGAGCAUACAUAGAAGGCAAACCUGAAAAAUCGGAUGCAAUAUUCAACGCUUUAAUUAGCCCAUCCUUCCCCCAUCCCUCCCGCCUGAUUGCCCUCGCUCGCCACCCAGCGGCAAUCUGCGAUCUUGGUUCAAAAAACUUUAGCGCCCCCGAUGAGUCAGGUUUUCAUUGGAGGAUAAUUACAUUCAAAUUUUUUGGAAAUUUUCGGCUCACAAUAGUGCACGGGCUGUGGCUCGAGAGUUUGUUACCAACACGGAAAGUGCUACGGAUCAAUAUAGGCAGGAGGAAAGAAGCUUCAAGUGAGAGAGGGAUAGAGGGAAAAAGAGGAAGAAGUGCAAUCCGAAAGCCUGAAACGCGAAAUAUCUGCUGGAGCAGCUUUUGGCAGAAACUUUUUUGGAUCUGCGGGAUCUAUCUAAUCAGCAGCAACCGAGUGAACCAGUGAAGGAGAAACGAAGGAAUGCUUUGAUGCCCGUUGGAUUAAAGAAAGUGCAAUCUUCAAUGAUCUCAUCGUACUAAGGAAACAAAAACUCAACACAAUCAACAAUACGUAAAUGUGAAUCAAUCUAAACGCGAAAAAAAAACCCCAAUCAACGCAACGUUAGUUUUUACAAUAAUAAUAAAAAGUGUGUGCAAACCCCCCCUCAAAUGCUGAGCCAAAGAACGGAAUUCAAUCUGUGAUUUUUGUUUUGUGUUUUCCUCUUGUGUUUCGCCGUCUCGAUAGCCAAGUUUCCCGCGUACUUUGAUUGUUGUCAGAAAAUAUUUCAAAUUCGCGCAGCUGACAUCGCGACUGCUAGAGCUAGAGCCCAAGGCUGUCAUAGUUAGACAUAAAUAAUAAAAAAAAAACUUUUAAACCUAAACCAGCCACGCUGUUCUUCAGUGAAAUCACCGAAAGCGACAUCCAAAACAACCGGAUAAUGUUGAUGCAAGUAUCACAGGAAGCGGCCGACGCGCUCGCGAUGGUUCCCUCAUCGACGGGUAGCUCCGGCGUGCAGCAAAAGGACACCACCUGGACGAAGCUGUUCGUCGGCGGCCUGCCCUACCACACCACCGACAAAAGCCUGCGGGAACACUUUUCCGUCUACGGAGACAUCGAGGAAGCGGUGGUGAUAACGGACCGAACGACGAACAAGAGCCGGGGUUAUGGAUUUGUCAUUAUGGGAGACCGAAUGAGUGCGGAACGGGCGUGCAAAGAACCAAACCCGAUCAUCGAUGGCCGGAAAGCGAACGUGAAUUUGGCAAUCCUUGGAGCGAAACCACGAGGCAACAUUACACCCGGAUUCCCCUUCACAGCGACAGGCCUCCGGACAGGAUAUCCUGUGCUACCGAGCCAGUUCGGAGUGCAACAGUCGUACUUUUAUGGAACGCCGUAUCUGGGUACAACCGCCGGUACAACGGGAGCCGCCGCAGCAGCCGCCUCUGGAUUGAUGCAAAUUCCUGCCUCCCAGCUGUCACAUGCCGCUGCGAUCGCGGCCGCCACUAGUCAAUUCUACGAAUACCAGAACGCCGUUGCAGCAGCUGCCGCUGCACCCUACCCUGGCCAAUAUAGUGGGUUUGAAGCGUACCCAUACGCCACCGCUGCCAGUGCUUCAGGAGCCGCCGCAGCGGCCGCUCAAUACAUGGCAGCCCCGUACACAUACGCAACGCUACCCCAGGGAGCCGCCGCCGCUGCAGCAGCGGCCGGUGGGUUUCCCGGACUCUCACCAUACCAGAAUGCAGCUGGUGCUGCGGCCGCAUCCGCACUACAAGAGGCAAGACUUCAAUAAUAUUUACCGAAAUCGUCCUCUACCUUGUCGCUACUGGCACUGCUAGGCGGCGGAGUCGACAAGAUCUGAAGUAAACGCGCAGCACACCCUAGCGGACGCUAGGUGCACUAUCGCGAAUUGUCAUCAUCAACCACUACAAUGACAGAGACAGACACAGAGAGCGGCAGCAGCUAGAUUAGCUAGGCAGUUCUUUUUUACAUAUAGAUAUUAUCUAGUACUUAUGCAAAUAGUAGCUCUUAAGUAAUCAAUUAUUUACUGAUCGAAAGAUUAUUAUUAUUAUUAUUAUUAUUGAUAUUGACACCAUAAAUUAACCUAUUUAUUAUAAAUUAGUUCAUACGGUCAAAACUUAUUAUUUACUAAGUAAUGAAGAAAAACAAAGCUCAACUCUAAGACAUAUGAACCGUAACAUUUAAACAGAAUCCUUCGAUUAUUAUUACUUUUAUUAUUAUCAUUAUUCGUAAUAAAAGAAAAAAAAAACUUAGUUGUAAAUUAUUCUAUUAUAAAAUGGGAAAGUAAUGCAACUAUCAUUGCAAUAAACAUAUUUUAAACAUUUCCUUUUUAUCAAUCAAUAAGCGAACCAACACAAAAGCAAUACAUUUCACGCAAAAACCCAAAAAAGGAACCAAAACAAACCUAUCAAGAGAGCGUGAAGCGGCACGUUUACUUAACCUCUUUAAGCUGACGGCCACUUAGACUCCAACGAGUAAUCUCAAAGAAUGCUAAUAUAUUUUAUCGUCAAGAACAAUAAGCAUAUGAAUCUAAGCAGAAAACCUUCAUAUUAGAAAAUUUAUUUCAAUUUUAAACGAUAAAUACACCAAGUUGGCUGAUGCGGCAUUCGGAAAACUUAUUACUUUUAUUGCCGAUUAAACCUUAGUGAUAUUUAUCAAUUAUAAAGUCUACUAUAAACAUACUAAAAGAACUAUUUAUACAUAAAAAAGAGACAAAAAAAAAACUCAAUCGAGAAAAUCACGAUGAUAUGUUCUGUUAAGCGUUUGAAACUUGGAUACAAAUUUCUCCUCCGGAAAAACAUACAAAUUCUGCAAACGUAUCUAAACUUCGCAAAAUUUCUUCUUAGUUCAUUCUUCUUUCAAAUUUCAAUUCCUACCAACCAAACCAUCAGCAACAAGUUUUUUUUUGUUUGUUGAAUAAUUGCUAGCAAAAACAAAAAAAGGUAAACAAAAUACCAACGGAGCAAAGAAGGGAAGAACAAGAUGAAUCGGAAUCUAGUCAAAUGUUUUGUGUGUGGAUUAUUUAUUUUGUUAAAUAGGUUGUAUUUAGUAAAAAAAAGGAAGAAAACAGUCAAACCCCUCCUCAACCCUUCUCCCGCGCAUCGGAAAACAUGAUUUCAAUUGGUUCAGUUUCCUGAGUUUUUUUUUAACACACCUCUACCGAGAAGAAGAGACUUUUUCAGAACUGUCAACAGCAGAGAAUCCUAACCUCAAAAUAUAGCUUAUAGAGAGCCAUACCACAUAUUGUAGAUGACGCAAACAUAAACAAUCGAAAGCGCAGCAAGCGACGGCGGUGAAACGACGCUGGAAGUUUGUAAGGAAUCAAGUAUAAAAUCUUAUCAAAAAUCGUGCCUUUUCGUGCUGAAAAGAAACAGAAACAAAAAGAAAAACAAAAACGACAAACAAUGGCACCACCUAUCUCCCCCGAACACUCUCUCAAUCUCAAUCCCGUAUUGUGUAGCAUUUUAUCAGAAAAUAAAACCAAAACAAAACAAAAAUUAACGAAGCGCACCACCAACAAUUUUGACAAUAUAGAGUUAAUCGAAGUAAACAACCAGAACAUAAGGCAAGCUAGAAUCGUUUUUUAAAACAACAACAGUAACAAAAAAAAGAAGUUAGAAAGACGUGUAUUUUAACGUAACACUUUUAGUCCGGUUUCGUAACUUGUACUGAAAAAGUUCUCUUAUACCGUGUAUAGAGCUGCAACACUAAUCAGCGAAGAAUCCCAUCAAUAAGUGUGAAAACCGCAGUAACGUAAACGUUAACAUCUAUUUAUAUGAUAGAAAUGUGAAACCCACACAAUCUUGAUAAAAUUUUUCUUUUGUCUACUUUCAACCGGAAUCGACCGCCGAAAGACGCGGAAAUUGUGUGUCUCUUUUACCAUCGUCACCAACACCACCACAACCACCACCGUAUUACAAAUUCCCACGUAAAACAGAAAAUUCGGAUCGCAGAUAAAACGCGUUGCUAAGGAAAGAAGCGGAUUUCGUAAUAACGAAGAAUAGCAAUUCAAUUUCUAGUGGUUAAGUUUAAAAGCAUAAACACCCACACCUAUUAUUGAACAUGAAGGAAUCUCAUUAUAUUGCAAAUGAAAAUUAAAAUACUAUUUCAACAAAUUGAAGAAAACGAACGCGUUUCGCAUUUUGCGGCGGCUAUUUUUAAAUACCUGUAUAAAGUUAUGCAAAAAAAAACGAAUAAUUGUUUUAAGGGAAGAAAAGUAUUUUAUACUUGAAACGAUAAAGGAAGAAAAUUUACAAAAAAAAAAGUUAAAGAAGAGAAACAGUGCGAAGUGGAAUAAGCAUAUUAAACAAAAUCUCUUUACAAUGAAGGACAAAAGAAGAUAUCAAUUACUUUAAUAUUAAAUCACAAUUAUUACAAUUUAACAAUACUGAAACAAAGGGAAAACAAAAUGGAAACACACAUAUAAUUGAAAGCAACAAAUGAAAAAUACAACUCAAAUUACCAAGUGGAACCAAAAAAAAACAUAAACAACACAUUACAGUCUUACACAAACAAACACACACUUAUACAGUAAAGUAAUAAAUAUAAUAGAGCCAGAGAUAGGACGAUUGUAAUGAAAGCAAAGCAGAGACGGUAAACGAUUAGUAACUAUGAAUCAGUGACAAAAAAAAAACGGCGAAGGAGUAACGCGGAAGCAAGUAAUAAUUAUUAUACAAGAUUAGAAGGUAUAUAUUUAAAAUAAAAAUAUACGAAAAUAA